UUUUCACACUGACCACAGAUUAGUGAAUUGUGUAAUUCACUUCUCGCAGCUCGGUCCUAUUUCUUCUGUAUGUCAAUCACAUCGCAGAGCAAUGAGGUUGAUUAUUUUUCUGCUGGCUACGCUAGUGGCACUAACUUCUGCUGAACAGUUUUCAUACGAAGGUUACAAGGUGUACAAAGUUACUCCUCGCAACGAAAACCAAGGCACACUUUUGUUACUAUGGGAAGAUAGUGGAUCAAUUGACCUUUGGGAGCCCAUAUCCAAAAAAGGAAAGUCCAGCCGCAUCAUGGUAGCUCCGGAUCAUCAUGAGCGUUUCGUUGCGUUUUUGCGAAAAAAUCACAUCGAACAUGAGCUGAUCAUUGAAAAUGUGGAAAGAUCAUUUGAACGUGAACGUUCAGAGAAGGCUGCAAAUGAAAUUCGCCUCACAAAGCUCGAGUCCGAGGGUCGACCACGCUAUGCCGAUUUCUACUGGUUUUGGACGUAUUCGGAAAUCAACCGUUACAUAACCUUCUUGACACUGAACUUUGGUGAUAUUUGUGAGGCCGAAACUUUGGGCUGGAGCGGUGAAGGGCGUGCAAUUCGUGCUUUGAAGAUUGGUCGUUUUGAUGGUACUAGACCGUUAGUGUUCUUAGAAGCCGGUAUACAUGCUAGGGAAUGGAUCGCGCCUAUGACAGCAGUGUAUGUGUUACAACAAUUGGUGGAAAAUUCGGCCUCUCAUAAUUUGUUGGAUGAAUUGGACUUUAUCAUCAUACCGGUGACCAAUCCCGAUGGCUAUGAAUAUUCGCAUGCAUAUCAACGGCUGUGGAGGAAGACCAGAAGUCCAAUUGCCAAUAGUACCUGCAUCGGCGUCGAUGGGAACAGGAACUUUGCAUAUCAAUGGAGAUACAAUGCGAAUGCAUGCAGUGACACAUAUGCCGGACUUGAAGCGUUUUCUGAACGCGAGACAUCGAUCGUCCGAGACGUUAUCGCUGAAUAUGGUGACAGAAUCAAAUUGUACGGAGCCAUUCACUCCUACGGACAGUAUUUCUUGUAUCCAUGGGGAUUUGAACCAACUCUAAUCGAAAAUUGGGAGGAUCACGACGUUGCCGGAAAUCGUUUUGCUGAUGCCAUUUUUGCAGUUAAUGGAACUAGAUACACAGUUGGAAAUGGUGCAAUUGAACUCUAUCCGGCAUUUGGUGCUAGUGACGAUUAUGCAGCGGAGCAAGGUGUAGACAUAUCGACUACAAUUGAAUUACCUGGCGGUGGAAACUACGGUUUCGAUUUGCCAGCCGAACGAAUUUAUUCAGUCGUGGAGGAAACGUGGGAGGGUAUGCUAGAGCUGUUUGCGUUUAUUGCUGAAAAUUACUCGGUGGAUUGAUUCGUCCAUUAAACGAUCACCUGGCACUGAAUAAAGUUUUUCGAAGGUCGAAA